AUGAAUUUGGCUGAAAUUUGCGACAAUGCUAAAAAAGGAAGGGAAUACGCACUUCUUGGAAACUAUGACUCUUCCAUGGUUUAUUACCAGGGUGUCAUCCAGCAAAUUCAAAGACAUUGUCAGUCAAUCAGAGACCCUGCACUGAAGAGCAAGUGGCAACAGGUUCGGCAAGAAUUAUUAGAAGAAUACGAGCAAGUAAAAAGCAUUGUCAAUACUUUAGAGAGUUUUAAAGUAGACAGACCUACAGAUAUUCCAGUAUCUUAUCAGGAUGAACCAUUUAGGGAUCCAUCUGUUUGGCCACCUCCUGUUCCAGCUGAGCACAGAGCCCCACCCCAGAUAAAACGACCCAACCGGGAAGUGAAACCCUUGAGAAGAGAAUCACCAGGGCUGCAGCGGGGCCCUGUGGGCAGAGCUCAGCCAAUCUCGAAAAAUGAGAAACCUGCCAGCAGCCGAGAGAGGGAAGCGAAAGCUAAAGGAAAAGAUGAGAAGGGAAGGAAGAUUUUGCAGGAUGGUGCUGGUGAUAACGAUAUUCAGAAAUUUGAUGGUGGAGGAUAUGACAAAGAUCUGGUUGAAGCUCUUGAAAGAGACAUUGUUUCAAGAAAUCUAAGUAUUCAUUGGGAUGACAUAGCAGAUUUGGAAGAAGCCAAGAAAUUAUUAAGGGAAGCAGUUGUUCUUCCCAUGUGGAUGCCGGAUUUUUUCAAAGGGAUCAGGCGACCUUGGAAGGGAGUGCUGAUGGUUGGUCCUCCAGGGACUGGGAAAACCAUGCUAGCCAAGGCUGUUGCCACAGAAUGCGGGACAACCUUCUUCAACGUAUCUUCCUCUACUCUGACUUCUAAGUACCGAGGUGAAUCGGAAAAGCUAGUCCGCUUGUUAUUUGAAAUGGCCAGAUUUUAUGCACCCACCACCAUUUUCAUUGAUGAAAUAGACUCUAUCUGCAGCCGUAGAGGCACCUCUGAUGAACAUGAAGCAAGCCGCAGAGUCAAGUCCGAGCUGCUUGUUCAGAUGGAUGGAGUAGGCGGAGCUCUUGAGAAUGACGAUCCUUCCAAAAUGGUGAUGGUGUUGGCUGCCACCAAUUUUCCCUGGGACAUUGACGAAGCUCUGAGAAGGAGGCUGGAGAAAAGGAUUUAUAUACCAUUGCCAACAGCAAAAGGCAGAGCAGAGUUACUGAAGAUUAAUCUUCGGGAAGUAGAUCUGGAUCCUGACAUAAACCUGGAAGAAAUUGCUGAGAAGAUUGAAGGCUAUUCUGGUGCUGACAUUACUAAUGUUUGCAGGGAUGCCGCUUUGAUGGCAAUGAGGCGGCGUAUUCAUGGUUUAAGCCCUGAAGAGAUCCGUGCACUGUCUAAAGAAGAGCUUCAGAUGCCUGUUACCAUGGGGGACUUUGACUUGGCUCUGAAGAAAAUCUCUAAGUCUGUUUCAGCUGCAGACUUGGAGAAAUAUGAAAAGUGGAUGUCAGAAUUUGGAUCUGCUUAACCUUGGGAUGUCUCUUCCUAGUGGAUUGUAACUUUCCCAUUUUAGAAUGUUAGGCAUAGAAACCUUGAGUUUUACCUAUGGACAAGAUACCCCUUUUAAACUUUUAAAUAUUUUUUUUUGCACUUUAAAGGGAACAAAAUAAAAAUGUUACACAGUGAGAUCAUGGCGUUUCAUGGAUGACUACCAAAACCUGUAAAUGUAGCAAUGGAAACCCUCUGCAUUUGUGGCUGCCUGCACUUUAACUGUAAAUACCAGUGUCCUGAUUUUCACAUGCUAAUCUUUCAUGGUUUUUAUCUUCCAACCAGACAUGGGAUUGUGCAGGAAAAAGCUACCAGCCUCCUUGUGAUAUAUGCCUGUGGUCCCAGGACAUAUUGUAUGUCUAGUUAUAACUGGAUUUCAUACUGCUUGAAUGUAAAGCACAAGUUUUUAUUCUGCACUUCUGCCUCCAUUAGGGAGCUCUUCAGUGUGAUCUAAGAUAAAAAUACCAAGGUUCGCUUUACACUGCAGUCAUGUUGCCAUGGCUACACUGGUAUUUGCUGGAACACAAUUAAACACCAUACUAUAAAAGGGAGACUUGUGUAUACACAUGUACAUUGCUGUGACCAGCUGCACCUCUUUGACACAUUCUGUUGCCGAGUGUUUAGAAAUUCAUGUUUCCAUCUUACACUUUAUCUGUUUACUGCAGCCAGUGUGGGUUUAACAUGGCCAUCAUAAUUGCUGUGUAAAGUGUGAAGUGGUAGUGUAGACCUUUCCAAAAAAAGCAGGUAAUGAUGCAAAAAAAUAAAUAAAUCUCAGGGCUGAUUUUCCUCCCAUCUCCAUUUUAUACUUGUGUUUAAAUACAUUGCUUUUAUGGAAUAUAGUGCCAUCUUGUCACUUGUCACUCCGUGUUAAGCAAGAUGGAAGAUUACCUUGCGGUCUUGUGACUAGCUAGAGGCCCACUUCAUUCUGGAAGUUUCAUUGGUUUCACUUGCCAGUGCUAAAUUAAACCAGUGUACAUCUUGUACUGGGAGUCCAGCUAUCUUUUGCUUUAGACUACCUUUUUCUUUUAUUAUUUGCACCUGUGUUACAGUAUGGGAUACUGAAGUGUAGCACAAUGGAACCUGAACUUGAAAGUUAGUACCCUGCCCUUGUUAGCCGCCCUGAGCCCACUGGGAAGGGCGGGAUACAGAUGUGAAAAAUAAAUAAAUAAAUAAAGCAUCUAAGAAUACUCUGUUCCCCAUCACUUAGUAUAUCUAGAGCUCUCUGAUCUUAGCAGUUUUCCCCUCAAGUAUGAUAUUUCAGCAGAAUCUUUCUAAUAUCAGGUGUAUAUGAAAAGAUUGCCCUAAUCACAAUUGGGCCUUGACAGACAUAAUGCACAGUUGACUUCUUGAAGUGAUUGUGUUUAGGUACAUGUAGGUCUGGAACUGGUUAUCCACAUUAUUUUUCUAGCGAAAAAUGUACAAAACUGGUUAUCCACAUUACGUUUCUAGCGAAAAAUCUACAAUCAGAUUUACUGGCGGGCCCUGUUCUUAGAUUCAG